CCGUGAUCAGUGUGCGUGCGGUGCUCGUAGAGUAUGGCGGUAGGGUUUAGAGGAGGUAGCGUUGUCGGGGCGAUCGCGAUCCAUCGUAUGUGCCGCGUAGGAAUUAGUGACCUGCAGCAGGAGGAUUGUAACAAGAAAGUGUGUAUUCCCUGAAUGAUAAAACGGGGACCGUUCCUAGCGUUGUGCGGUUGACAAAGAAAAGUUGAAUCGUGAAGUAAGCGGUUCAAUCGGACUGCAGUUGUAUCAAGACAUCUGAACGAUGUUCACAGUUCCGCUGGAUCGAUAACAACAAUGGAAUUACUUGUUAUCGCGUAAGAAAGAGAAUGUGCGUGCGCGCGCUGCCGCUGCUCCUGGUGCUGCUGCUGCUACCCAUCGUCGUCGAUUCCUCCGCGGUCACCACACUACAAUCACGCUAGCAACGCCGCUGCCUCCACCUCCUCACCAACACGACGAUAGAUCCUUAUGUACCUACCCACCUACGUACGUACAUAUAUUCCCCUCCACCUAAAAUCUUGAAGAAAAAGCAACAGGCCAGGCCAGGCCACACGCCUUGCCUGGGCACGGCGUUUCAGCGACGCGGCGCAUAGUUAAAAUCCAGACUGGUGUCUGUCUCUUCUUGUGCGCGGCACUGUGUCUUGAUCGGUCGGACAGUCGGUCGGUCGGUCGGUCCUCCGGUCGGAGACGGUCGUCUCUUGUUCUGCCCCUCUUCCUCCGCCUAGCCUCUUUAUGCGUAGCAGUAGUAUUAGUAAUAGACGUAGUUUAAUUAUUCACCGGUGUAUCAACAGAUCUAGUGCAUCGUUCCUCGUCUCCCUCGGAGUUCGUCCUGAUUUAAACAACUAUCGCAAAGUAUCGCCGCUGUCGAGGAACCAGGGAGAGCGAGCUGGAGUGUCGGGUGUUUAUCGAAGUGCCUAUUUAAAACACAGUGCCGUGGCUAGAUAACGUACAUCAUAUACACAACCGUAGAUACAUACGUAUACAAAUAUAUAUUAUAUAUACAUAUACACAAACACACUCACACCUAUCUGUAUACACAUAUUUUACAAAUACUAUAUUUCCCCGUGUAUGCGUGUUUAUACGUGCACACGCGCGCCUAUGUACGUACGUAUGCAUAUGCCGUGUUGUUAUUAUUAUUACAUGUAUGCACAGCCGUGUGUGCCUUGUGUGUUGAAUAAAUAGUUGAAGACGAAAAUAGUAGUGUACCACACAUACACGUUAACUAGAGAUGGAGCGAUAGAGAGAGAGAGAGCGUUGACUGAAGACUAUAAAGACAGUACCCCUGGGUAAAUUUUUGUGUGUCAGUUUUCGGCGGGCAAGUGGGCCCAGGUGGGCCUGGGAGCGUAGGAGGUUUCUGCUCUAUCGACUCUACCUAACGGACUUGUACCGACAUUCGUAGCAGCCAAAGUAGUGUCGGUAUGGAAGCUUGAAAUUGAGACGGUACGAAGUGAGUACGUAAAACUACGUACCGAUUGUAAAUUCUUCAGUCAACGGAGAGAGAUCAGGAAAAGACGGUCGCGUUGAAAAAAGAAGGGAAAAGAAAUUCGGAAGAGGUGCCUAAUCUCGAGGAAAGGAGUGUGUGUGUGCGCGUAGGUAUAUUUACGGACAGAUGGGUGCGUGAUACAAGAUCGGCAAAGGAAGAGAGUGUGGAUAUCGCACCGGACCGUUGUGUUUGGACAGAGUAAUCAUUGUUGUCACGUAAAGUUCCAAAAUGGCGCUGAACCAGGACGUGGACCAGCUGAAGUCGAGCCUGGUUGUCCGCAUAGAUCAAAACUCCGAGUCGGACCUCCAGGCGCUCUUCGACAGCGUCUUGAAGCCAGACGCGAAAAGGCCGCUCCAGGUGCCGCUGCGUAUGCGCAACCUGCCGAACUCGUUCUUCAACCCGCCCUCGACGGGGAGCAAGAGCCCCUCUAUAAGCCAUUCCCGUGAGAACAGCGCCGAUUCGGCCUUCGGCGCAACCGGUGGCGGUGGCGGUGGCGGGGGCGGCGGCGGGGGUGCCGCAGGCGGGAGCACCGCCCCCGGCAGUGGUUGCGUUUCCUCAGGUACGACCGGCGCCGCCGGCAGUUGCACCACCAGCGCUGCCGGCACCCCGGGAUCGGUCGUCGGUUCGGUGGCCGGCGUCGUCGUCGGGGCUUCGGGGGCCGCCGGGGCCGGAUCGAAUAACGGAGGGCUCACCGUGUCCCAUCCCCGGGCCCACAGCAGCCCCGCUUCUCUCCAGCAGACGUACGCCUCUGCUCAACAGUCCCAGCAGCACAUACCUCAGCCGCACCCCCGUCAUCAUCACCACAAGCAGCGCAGCUACGACGUUAUCAGCACCGUUGACGAUCUCGGACCCCUACCACCGGGUUGGGAACAGGCGCGGACGCCGGAGGGACAAGUUUAUUUCCUCAAUCAUAUGACACGGACUACGACAUGGGAAGAUCCUAGAAAAACAGCAGCAGCUGCCAGCGUAGCAGCUGUAGCUGCUGCAGUGGAAAGUGGUACCAAAAACUCUAGUGCGGCAACAAGUUCGCUUGGACCAUUACCUGACGGAUGGGAACAAGCAAGAACUCCAGAGGGCGAAAUAUACUUUAUCAAUCAUCAAACGCGUACGACCUCCUGGUUUGAUCCACGAAUUCCGACACAUUUGCAGCGCGCUCCUACAUCUGGCGCUAUGCUUCCCCAAACGUGGUUGCAGCAACCUGGCGCAGCAACAAUACAAAGUAGUCAAACGAUUCAGGCUUGUCAACGUCUUCAUUCCCUUCAAUUAGAACGAGAACGUUUGAAACAGCGUCAGCAAGAAAUAAUGAGACAGCAAGAACUUAUGCGACAAACAACAACAGAGGUAGCAAUGGAUCCAUUUUUGUCAGGAAUAAAUGAGCAACACGCUCGUCAGGAGAGUGCCGACAGCGGUUUGGGUCUUGGAACGGCAUAUUCCCUUCCUCACACGCCAGAGGAUUUUCUAGCCAAUAUAGAUGACAAUAUGGAUGGUAGAAGCGAAGGAGCACCGAUGGAGACACCCGAUUUGUCUACACUGAGUGACAACAUAGAUUCAACGGACGACCUCGUGCCUUCGCUUCAGGUAUCACUGAAAGCACAUUGUUACUAUAUUGACGUUGGGAGAAGACUUCACCAGUGACAUUUUGGAUGACGUUCAAUCAUUGAUAAAUCCUAACACUAGUAAAUCUGAAAAUGUAUUAACGUGGCUGUAGCAAGUAUGAGCAGAUAGCGAUUGGUUAAAUCGGUCGGUAGCUGAGUCUUGGAAACUGCAAUAUUGCGCAGCAUAUGUUGCAACUGAAAUCGUAUAAACCGAUUUUUUAUGAAGAACACGGGAACCGCGAGGUGCAAGUGCUUAAGUAAUUUGUAGAUUUGCAAAGAUUCAAUGUCAUAACUUUUAUUUUGUUUCUUUUUUUUCAAGACCUGAUAUUAUUAAUUUACAUCUGCUCAACAAUUUCUAUAUACUUAUACGUAUACAUAUAUGCAUAUGCAAACGAGUAAAAAAUUCCUCGUGUAUAUAAUAUUAAACAUAACAAUUUAUAUCGUUGACGUUACACAGGAAAGAAAAAACAGUAAGAGUAUCUCGACAAUAAUAAGAAGAAGAGUAAAUACGUAAUCGUAUGUUUCACGAUGAAAGAGAAUAAAAAUAUUUGAGAAUAUAACAUAUUAUCUACUAUCAAAUUCAAAGGUGUAAAAGCAUCCAAUUUGAUAAUUAAUUAACGUCUGUUUUCAUGGUGCUGAAUAAUUGAAACAAAAAAAAAGAAUUUUUUUCUUUUCAUUAGUAUUUUAGUAAGUAUUAUAAGGUGUUUUACAAAGUUAUUUUUAAUUUGAUAGUAAUGAAAAUUAACUGCGACAACAUCGUAGGUAUUAUUACAUAAGUAGUUUUACAUUAACUCGUUGAGGCUGUGCUGUAUAGCGUUAAAUAUGAAUAUAUUACUUGUUCGUGUAAACUUUGUACAGCCAGUCAUAAUCAAAUAAUGAGCGCAAAGAGAAAUGAGAAAAAAGAAGGGAAAAACAACAAUAACAACCGUAACACACGUCACAUUGGGACUUAUGCUGUGUCACUUGGCAUUAUUUGUAUUAAGCUCGAAAUUAUUUCCCAACGAUAUGAUUUUCACAUCUCCCAUUUUGUCAAUGAAAGUUUUGUUGAAUUCUUCUUCUUCCUAAGUUGAUUCGGCAAAUAUUGAACAGGAUUCUGAUACCAUGACGUAUCGGAAACAGUAACGGGCUCGUAAAAAAGUUAUACUCCGAGUUAAAAUUUAAGAUUCAAAUAUUUUUAUUAACAAAAGUCGGGUAGGAAUUGUAACAGUCCUGACAAAAUGUAUAAAAAUAUGAUAUGUAGCUGAUUAAUUCAAGUUUCUACCUAUAUAGAGAAGUGCCUUCAAAUCAAAAUUAUAUCCUUUAUUCCCGACUCAGCCAUAAAGUCAACUUUUUUGACCUCAAAAGUGGGACGAAAGUGGCAUAUUUUUCCCUGAAACGCAUUUGCGGGAAACAUGAGGCCAAUUUAAAAGCCCCAAUUUUCAAAUAAAGCGGCCAGAGUUGAGUCAGAAAUAAAGUCCUAUAUGUAACACAGGAAUAAAAGUCGACUUUAUUCCCUUGUUACGUAAUGUACCUUUUAUUAGAUGCAAUCAAUGAUAAUGGAAUAUAUGUGUGAUGCUAACUUCCAAAUUACUGAGUUUUGACGUAAUUAUUGGGAAUUGUAGUUUUCAUGUAUGAUUGCUGUAGUAAAUGUAGAAAAUGAUAGUAGAUAAGAGAAAAAUUGUGAUUUUCAAAAAAUACCAUCGUUUCUAAAAUUUGAUUUAACAGUUUUGAAUCUGUAACUAAAAACUUCAGAGUCAAGUUAGAAGAAGAAGAAGUAGUAUAUUAUCUAACGUACAAUAUUCUACUGAAUUUGAAAUGGGAUACGAUUGGGAAAAAGAGAAGAAAAAUAUUCUUGAACACGUGGAUAAGUAAAAAAGUGCCUUGGCUUUUGCAAUUGAACACAUAUUGCUUCUUGAAAGCAAUAUAACCGUCCAUACAUAAUGUUUGUUUAAAUAUACAUUAGAUGUGUCAAUUGUUGUCGACACAUUUUUAAUGUAUCAUCAAAUCACGAAAUGAUUAUACCUUAUACAAUAUAUAUAUAUAAAAAAGUGUGUGUAUAUAUAUAUACACACACAUACAUAUAUAUGUAUAUAUAUAUAUUUUAUAUAUAAAAGUCUAUACUUGUUACGAAUACCGAAAAAAUUGCAGUUAUAAAUUGGUAUGAGACCUGUUAGAAAUAAAAAUUCCCUGUUCCCCUACAUUUUAUACUGUUCACAGAUAUAUUAAAAUUAGGUAAAUUGGUAGUAGUACAUACCGAUGUAUCGUAGUUUUAGGAUUAAGAUCAAGAUUAACUCAUUACAAUAUGAUUUUUUUUUUUUUCAAGUAAUACGAUGGCAUAAACAUUGUCCACAAUCGAGUCGACAAAACUGAUAUUAUACAUGCAUAUAAAUUUAAACUAGUAUGUGACAGCUAAGCACAUCUUGACGCCUGUAAAAUGGUGUAGUGACUAAUUGCCUUGAAAAAUAUGUUUAGCUCAUAUAUUUAAAGUUCAUUAUCAAAUUCAGACGGUGCUCCUAAUUUGGAAAACAAAAGAGGGGGGAAAAAGUUGACUCAUGGUGCCCAUAGCAUGGGAAUUGGUGAAGAUAUGGUACUCAGGCUUUGCCAUUAUUAAGUGUUUUUAAUACAGAUGAUAAAAUUGAUUGAUGUUAUUUACACGACAGGCUCUUCGUCUUUCUGUGAAGAAAAAUUCUUGGAGACGCCUAUUAAUAUGUUUAUAAAUAUAUUAAUUGUACGCUAAUAUUUCAAUUGUUAUAAAAUUAUUAGCUGUGCAGAUACCAAGUAGUACGCCUUAAUUAUACGUGCAUACACAAAUAAAUAAAUUCAUAAACGGUUUCAUCUAUAUUUACCUAAUUGUUACAUUUGUAUUAUAGGACUGAAAAUUGAUAAAUAAUAUUGUAAUUUUUAUCGGUAUAAUAGCAGUAAGAAUAACAAUAAUAUUAAUUACAAUUUUUGCGAAGAUUUUGUUAUCCUGAAUAUUAUUGACAGCCAGAUUUCAUAAAACUUUAGACUUUUACAUCAUUCCUUAAGGAAUGCGAAAUAAAUGUAUGUACGAACUUUCAGUAUGUCGAAGGAAACGCGAACAUAACAUCGUGAUAUAAUUUACUGAUAAUACAUUUAUCCAGUCAAAUACAACACAUAUCAAAAAAUAACGGAGCAAAAAAUUUACGUUGUUUGAUAAGCUACAGGAUCAACACAAUUUCAUACAUGUACAGGAUGACCUGUUUAAAAUUGGUACCACGUGAAAAAAGUUUUUAUAAUUUAUUCAGAAAACAAAACUAAACGCUACUUCACAUAAAACUUGUAAACAAAGCGAAAGCUGCUGAGUAUAAAUAAUAAAUACUCUUUGAUGUAGGUAUUAUUCUCCACUAUGAUCUCACUAAGAACAAAUAUACUCUUUUCUUUGUUAAACUUGAAUUAAUUUAACACUGAAUAGAAGUUAAGACUUUCCUCAUUUAAAAAUGUGUUUUCUCAGUAUUACAGGCGUUUUAUAGCGUACCUUUUUUAAAUCGUGUAAUCCUGUACUAUUUUAUUUGUACGUUAUCAAUAUUAAUAAUAUUAUACACACAUACGUUGAUACAUCCAUACUUAUGAUAUACUUUUAUUUUCGUGGUGAAAAAUGAAAUUAUGUUCCGUAAGCGUUCACAUAUUUUUCCUGCAACAGAUCUACCAUUAGCGAGACAGAUGUUAUUUGAAUCUAAUGAACAUGUAAAACUAACGAAACAAGGGGGAAAUAUGAGCAUGCAAAAUUGAAAAGUAAUGCGUAUGAAAUAAUAAAAAUAAUUAAUAUUUAUUAUUAUUAUUCUUACGGGACAAAAUAUCACACGCGUCAAAAGAAGAUAAUAGUAAAGAUUUUGAAAAACUAUCUGAGAUUAUAAUAAAUAAAUGAAAAAAUAAAUUAAUUGUUUGUCAGUAUUUAAAGUAUGCUCAUUGGCCAAUCAUAAUUAUGACGUACAUUUUUUAUAUAAUUGUUAUCAAGUGCCUUAGUAAUAAAAUGAUAAUAAUUAUUUACGUACUCACUUAUAUACAUAUAUAAUAAUAUAUAUAUAUAUAUAUAUAUAUGUGUGUGUGUGUGUGUGUGUGUGUGUGUAUGUAUGUACGAUAUGAAUAAGUAGGAUUAAUUUUUUCAAGAUAGUAUGUUAACCGUGUCAGUUUUCAUAGUUCAAUCCUUGCCUUUCAUUCUUAUGUCAAUCGCUGAUAUACACCUAGAUAUAUUCUGGUAAUAGAAAUGAAUAAAUAAAUAACUGAAUGGAUCAUAUUUUAAAGUGCAUUAGGUUUUGUAUCAUAUUUUCUGUGAAGGUUUAAUAUUCAUCAUUGUUUUCAUAUCAUAACCAUAAUGUACUUCAUUGACGGUAAUCAUUCAGAAGAUUCAGAAUAAGAAAUUACCGCCAUAACAAUGAUUUAAGUUGCAACUUGUUUUUCAUGAUCGACUAAUACAAAUUUUAGUAAUACUCAGUUUGGGAAUAAAUACUUUUUUUUUUAAUAUUUCAAUAACAAAAGAAGAAAAUUCCUAUCGUACAUAAGUAAAUUUGAAUCACUAUAAUUUUGAACUGAUUGCAAUGCGAAGCAAUAAAGUACAUCUAAUUUUGUGACCAUGUUUUUUCACUUUAUAGAUGAUAAAUAUACAUAAAUAUACGAAUAUCCUGAAAAUUUGAAUAAUUAUCAUCAUCUAUUAUUAGGUACAAUAUUAAUAGCAUUAAUAAAGUUAUAGCAAUAAAAACAUGAAAUUAAUAAUUCAAUCCAUUUCAUUCAGGACAAUGCCUUACCAGAAUAUUUCAACAUUUAAAUUAGCUAAUUUGAAAAUAAAUUUUCGAAAGCAAUUUGAAAAAAUUUGUACAUCUAUAACAGAUAGAAAAAAUAGUUGGUUCUAUAGUUACUCAUCAUUCAAUUUGGUCGGGCAAAUGUUAACAAAUAGGGAAUCUCUAGUUUCUACAACCUGUCUACAGACUUGUCAUAUUCCAUUGUUUUAAGAAGAAACGGUUGAAGGGUGUUGAAUAAAAAUUGUACGCGAAUCA